CCAGGAUCACGAUCUUUGCUCCUAUAUAAACGGGACUGUUCGUGUAUCACGUACACUCUCUUUCUCAGCUUCGCAGUGCAAACUAGUCUACAUCUCAUCUCUCUCUCAAUCUCGAUCUUUUGGAAAAUUGAAUUGAAAUCAAAGAAACGAUCUGAAAUGCGGGUUCACCUUGGAUUUCUAAGCCGGAAGAGCUCAGAGUCGCCUCUGUCGACUCGACCGCUGCCGGAAGAGGCCAAGAAGUGGUCUGAAUGUUUCACCACUCUCAUGACAUCUAAAUAUGGAUCGUCACUUUACCGGGCGUUUUUACUCCGCGAAUAUAGCAACGAGAACCUGGAAUUUUGGCUGGCCGUCGAAUAUUACCGCAACACCAAACCCAAGAAGAUGGCAGCCAAAGCGCAACAGAUUUACAAAGAUUUCGUGGCCGUCCAGGCACCCAAAGAAGUCAAUCUGGAUGCCGAGACGAGACUCGUCACUUUGAACAACAUCCAGUCGGGCAAUCCGGAUGAGCAUGUGUUUGACCGUGCCCAGAGACGCAUCCAGCACAUGAUGGAACGCGAUUCUUACCUUCGUUUCCUCCAGUCGGGACUCUUCCUCGAACUCGUUCACACCGAAAACUAUCCACCUUGCUAAUCCGCCGAUGGAUUCUCUCCCAUUUCCUAAUAUCUGUACAUCCUCAUCCGUCUUGCUACCUUAUACCUUAUUAUCAACUCAACUUGCCAUUCGAAUUCAUUUCAAUUUUCCUUCAAUUCUAGUCUGGCGAACUGUGAUUUUUUUCCAUAUGAUUCAAAGUUUUUUAAACAGAUAUGUGAAACGACUGAUGGGCGGGUCCCGACAUUUUUUCCUAUCGCUCCCGUGUUACCAGAUAUUCUAGAAGAUUUAACUUGUAUACUUGUUUUGAUAAAUAAAUAAUUCCAAUAAAAU